AUGCCGAACCGCAAGGCCACCCGGAAUGCCUACUAUUUCUUCGUUCAGGAGAAGAUCCCUGAACUGCGGCGGCGAGGCCUGCCGGUGGCUCGCGUGGCGGACGCCAUCCCCCACUGCUCUGCUGAUUGGGCGCUCCUGAGCCAGGACGAAAAGGAGAAGUACGCAGACAUGGCUCGAGCAUGGAGAGCCGCCCAGGGAAAGGAGUCGGGACCUUCGGAGAAGCAGAAACCUGUUUGCACCCCACUGAGGAAGCCAGGCAUGCUUGUACCAAAGCAGAAUGUUUCACCCCCGGAUAUGUCAAGCUUGUCUCUGAAAAAUGAUCAAGCUCUCCUUGGAGGCGUUUUUUAUUUCUUGAACAUUUUUAGUCACGGCGAACUGCCUCCUCACUGUGAACAGCGCUUUCUCCCGUGUGAAAUAGGCUGUGUGAAAUACUCUCUCCAAGAUGGCAUCAUCGCGGACUUCCACAGUUUCAUCAGUCCCGGUGAAAUUCCACGAGGAUUUCGGUUUCAUUGUCAGGCUGCAAGUGAUUCGAGUCACAAGAUUCCUAUUUCAAACUUUGAAUCUGGAUGUGACCAAGCAACUGUGCUGCAAAACCUUUAUAGGUUCAUCCAUCCGAACCCAGGGAAGUGGCCACCUAUCUACUGCAAGUCUGACGAUAGAGCCAGAGUCAACUGGUGUCUGAAGCACAUGGAGAAGGGGUUGGAAAUCAGGCAAAAUAUGGAACUUCUUACUGUUGAGGAUCUUGUAGUGGGGAUCUACCAGCAAAAGUUCCUCAAGGAGCCCUCCAAGACCUGGGUUCGGAGCCUCCUCGACGUGGCCAUGUGGGAUUAUUCUAGCAACACAAGGUGCAAGUGGCACGAGGAAAAUGACAUUCUCUUCUGCGCUUUAGCUGUUUGCAAGAAAAUUGCGUACUGCAUCAGCAAUUCUCUGGCCACGCUCUUUGGAAUCCAGCUCACAGAGGCCCACGUGCCCUUGCAGGAUUACGAGGCCAGCAACAGGGUGACACCCAAAAUGGUCAUAUUGGAUGCAGGGCGGUACCAGAAGCUAAGGUUUGAGAGCUCAGGAUUCUCUCAUUUCAACUAUUCUAAUCAGGAGCCAAGAUCAAACACACCCACUGGUGACUACCCUUCUGGGGUGAAGAUUUCAGGCCCAAACAGCAAUGUUCGGGGAAGAGGGAUCACGCGCCUCCUAGAGCGCAUCUCGGGCUCCUCCAGCAGCGUCCCCAGGUUCUCCAGCUGUGACACCGCGCUCUCCCCUUCCCUGUCCCCGAAGGGUGGGUACAAGUCCUUCUCCCCCCUGUCUUAAUGAUGGUACUCUUCAAUUCUGGGAAAAUAGCAGGCCCGCUUCCCUCUGAUUGCAAUCCCGGACAGCAGAGCACACCCCUGGUACAUGCCAUCCUCUGAAACGGCCUGCCUUGUAGAGAAUCCUGUUUCGUAGAUUAAACGUAACUGUGGUUGGAGAAGAUUUGGCAUUUUUGCUUUUUUCUCGAGGGCUUGCUCUGCUUCCUGACUGUGUAAUGGGAACGCCUUGGAAGGUUGACCUCCAAGGACAAAACUGGCCUUUUCAGAGGAGUGCUUUUGCAAAUGUUACAUUGUGCUCAUCAUCCUCCACAAUAAAGGUAUUGAAUGUCUGUUAUGAAAGGUGUUAAAAUAGUGUUGCUGUACUUCUUCCCAUUAUGACGUGUAGAACCUUUCUCUUGAGACCUGCUGG